CGGUCAGCACCUCUCCACUGGUGCCGAAUAUCUGGGGAGAACAAAGUCGGCGCUUUCUUGCAACCUACUCGCUAAAAUAUAGGUCCAAAAAAGAAGGCAUGAAGACCACGGAGGUACGAGGCCCACACCACGUGAGGAGCCUGGCCAGCCUGAUGGAGAAAGUGACGGGAUUAGAAUUACAAACCCUCGUUGUUGGGAGCCGCAGAGCCCGGUCACCUCUCUAAAGGCACGUGGUCACUAAAGCAACCCAUCGGCUCCAUCCAGUUGAUAAGUUCUAAUUUUUGUGAAGGUGGUCUCCUUUGGUAUUCCUAGUUGAUCCACUCAGCUCUGGUUUUGUGGUGCUGCCUGGGAUUGAACCUGGAACUUUAAGACCUCAGAUGCCUUAGUGCCUGUGAGCUGCUUCAGAGGACACCUCCCUGCUGGCCAGCUGUCCCCAAGUGCCUGGAGGCCCUCCUCUGACACACCGUGGAAGCCAGCCCAGCAGUUGCCAGUCCCCCCAUCAUGGAGGCUCCUGAGGUGCCCGUGGGCUCACUGAUUGACUUUGGGCCUGAGCCCUCGGCCUCCUCACCUGUGGAGGCCCUGCCCCACCAGCUGCAGGAUCAGGACGGCUCCCAGAGUGACCGCAUGUCUGAGAGUGAGGCCACUGAGUCGGCUGACAGUGAGAACGACACAGCUGAGUCACCCUCCCACCCAUCCUGGGACCAGUACCACCGCUCCUCCUCCAAUGAUUCCUUCUCCUCCAACCAGAGUACAGAGUCAGCCCAGGAUGAGGAGUCGCUAGAGCUCCGGGAGUUUAUGCGCAGCUAUGUGGAGAAGAUCUUCUCUGGAGGGGAGGACUUGGACCAGGAGGAGAAGGCCAAAUUUGGAGAAUUCUGUAGCAGUGAAAAUGGAAAAGGACGGGAAUGGUUUGCUCGAUAUGUGAGUGCCCAGCGCUGCAAUUCCAAGUGUGUCUCAGAGCCAACCUUCUACCGCCUGGUGCAGUCAUUUGCAGUAGUCCUGUUCGAGUGCCAUCAGAUGGAUGACUUCGGGCCGGCCAAGAACCUCAUGACCAUGUGUUUCACUUACUACCACAUUGGAAAACCACAGCUGCUUCCCUUAGAAUCCAAGGAGAAGCCAGCAGGGAGUAUUGACUCCUACCUGAAGUCGGCCAACAGCUGGCUGGCCGAGAAGAAAGACAUCGCUGAGCGGCUGCUCAAGAACACCUCAGCCAAGACAGAGAAUGUCAAGGGCUUCUUUGGGGGACUAGAGACCAAGCUGAAGGGACCCUUAGUCAGGAAAAAUGAGGAGGAUGAGAACAAGCCCAAAGAGAAGCCCCAGAGGACAGUGGCCGUAUACAGCCCUGAGGAAGAAAGGAAGGGGGAGAAGAUAUACCUGUACACACAUCUGAAACAGCAGCCCAUCUGGCAUACGCUGAGGUUCUGGAAUGCGGCAUUCUUCGAUGCUGUGCACUGCGAGAGGAGAAAACGCUCUCCCACCACCAGAGGGGAUGCUGGAGAGGAGGAGAAGAAGAGGGAAAAGUGGUGCCACAUGACCCAGGAGGAGCGCAACGACAGCCUGCGCUUCAACGAGAACAUCACCUUUGGCCAGCUGGGCACCUUCACACACAACAUGCUGGCGUUCGGGCUAAGCAGGAAGCUGUGCAAGGACUUUCUGAAGAAGCAGGCUGUGAUCGGAAACCUGGAUGAGGAGCAAUGCAAGCUGCUGAGUGACCACAUCGAACAGAUGGCCACCGAGUAGCCACGGAGGUUGCCCAAGCACCUCUGGCAGGGCCUGCCACUGGCCGUCACCCCACCCAAUGACCCUGCAUGACCUCGGCAACACCCAGAGCCACUCCACACUGCCCUUCAACUAGCGGUUAGAAGACUGCAGCUGCCCACCCCACCCCCCACCUCCCCCACGCCUGUGUCUGCGCCUCCAAUGACGUACCAGAGUGUCCUUGCGACUACAUGGCCGAAACAGAGGUGACUGUGCUGCUUGUGACAUGGGGCUGAGGAAGGUGAGAGCCAAGGCCUGGUGGUGCAGACCAGUGUCCUCUCUGGGUCUCCUGCUGGAGAGGGGUGGAGUGCACACAUGGCGGAAAGGCAGCUGUGACCCAGGCAGGUGUGGGUGACCGUGAGGAGGUCCCCUCCAAGCAUGGGAUGUUCAUACUCCAGCAGGAUCGUGUAGGGAGUGUUGAGCCCUCUCUAGGCUGAGACAUGAAUGCUGCAGGCUCUUUCCUGGCUUCUCCCUCUGUGGGACAGAAACCUGGAGUUCCAGGACCCUGGUGGAAGCGAGAUACCAUGUGCUUUGGGGAGGGAAUAAGGCCUGCAAAGAGGACAGACUAUGCAGGCCAUCGAGGCCUGCUCACAGUCAGGCAUGCGGCCCCGAGAUACCGCAGGGUUGGAGCACUUCACUAGAGCCUCUUCAGCACUGAGGCCUCUGCACAGGCUGGCUCAGCUGGCUGGCCACUUGACACCAAAGCACAAAAAGUCCUGUGGCUCGCUCAUAGGGAGUCACGCCGGGCUGUCCACCCAUGCCAUCUGUCUGUGCCAUGAGGGAACACAGAAAAGAGAAGUUGCUUCAGUAACUGCAAUCUGCAGCCCCCGUACAAGUGGACAGUGCUGCUCUUGAUUCUGGGAAGGACAGAGAAACCUGUGCUGAGAGUUGCAGGAUGCAGACAGAGACUUCUGUCUCUCCAGAUUCGAGCACUGGGCCCUGCAGCCCAGGGAGGGUGCUCUGACAUCUUUCCUUGAGACUCUGCUGAUGGCCCUCUCCAACUGGGACCUGAGGAGGUGGCUCUCAUCCCUGGGUCAGUUCUGGGUGACUGGGGUCUGAAGGCAGCCUCUAGCAUACUACUCCCCCAGCCCCCAGUUACUAUGAAUUGUUCCUGUCAACCCUGCGCCCUCGGUCUUCUUCCCACUGACCUUGAUAUUGACCCCUCGGGUCUCCCCUUGCCCUUUCUUCCUCCCUUCCUUCCCCUCCCUGGCCAGUGCCAUAGUCACCCUUUGUGUGGUGUUCCAGAGGAGGCCUGCGGUGGUUGUAUCGUGGACCACACAGCUGGGUGGUCACAACAGAGGCCACGUAGAACAUGGCAAGGUCAGGGCACAUCCCUAGGAAAAUGUCCCCUAUUACCCCCCCCCCCCAGAAAAACUGGAAAGUGGGCCCUCUGCAGUCCAACUCACCUUUCUACCGGCACAGUGUACUUCCAGUGGCAUCCUCAAAACACUGAAGCUGUGCAGUGAUUUGGUUCACUUCUUGCAUGCUGGCACCAUUCACAUUGACUACAGGGCCCCCUGCCCCUUACCCCAGGACAGGACUUUGCUGAGUGCCAUCCAGGGAGCUAGCCCCAGACUUAUGGUGGGGGCAGAGACUCCUCUGAAGUUUGUGCAGAUGGUGCACCCCUCCUCAGACCUCAGCUCAGCUGUGUGUGUGUGUGUGUGUGUCAUCAUGAACUCUGAUAGUUGCUCCUUAGUAGACUUCAUGCUGCCCUAGAGACUUACCCUUGAUAGACUAGGUGGUCUGAUUCUUGGGAGGAUGAGAAGGGGACCCCAAGACUCUCUGAAGAUGCUGAGAGCAGCUGACACUGUCCCCAGGGCAGGGCUGAUGACAGCUUUGGCUCCUGUGAGCUCUUGCAAGCACUUUAACUUCAGAGAUGACCUCCAAGCUGCUUUUUCUUUCUGGCCCUGGGAAAUGUCAAUUGAAGAUGGCAGCACGGGGAGCUGUGGCUUCUUCCUCAUAGUAUAGAUCCAGCUCCCAAAAGUCCAUGAGCCCCUAAAAGUCCUGCCUGUUACUCAAGCCACAAGAUUAACGGAGCAGAAGGGUCCCUGCAGGGCAUCACAGAGGCAGCUUUCUGUCUCCUGUUGGAACUGCCUUUUGCUGAACUUGUCACUAGUGUCUCCCAGAGGAGACCUGUUAGCCCCAGAAGAGACAUCUUUCCCCACUGUCUCCCCAUGACAUCUCUCUCUCCUCUCUCUCUGGGCCUGGGCAGGCAAAGGGUUGGCCCCUGCUGAUGGACAUACAGGUACAUAGGCAUGUUGAACGUCUGGUCUGUGAAUCUAGACUGUAGGCUUCAAAGACCCAUUGUCAGCACUGUUGUCAUCUCAGGUUUCUGCUGCUGUUGCCCAUCCCACUCCCACCCCCUGCCCACCAUGAGUCCCAGGCAGCAGAGACCCCAGUUCAUGCUGUCAGGAGAUGUGGCAAUGUGGCCUGCAUGUGUCUGCCUUUGUUCUGACUGGAGUAGAGUGGCUGAGGUAUGAGGCGAGCCUGUUAACAUUCAGAUUGCAUCUACUAUGCAUAUGUAGCCAGAGGCAGAUGCUCAAGUUCUCAGAUAUUUGUCCAGUGAAACAGAGUGACUUGGAGCAGAUGUUAAUUUCCCUGUUGCCAAAAGGAGAAAAAAAAAAAGAAAGAAAAAGAAAAAACUGGCUAUGUUCUGAAAUGACAAAUAAGUCCCUGAAUUCUGUAUUCAAAUUAAGUCUUUCUGCUCAGAUGAGGCAGCAAACAGCAUUGGAGUCAGGAUAGCAUAGAGACUGGGGGGAGGUUGCUGUCUGGACCCUGGCACCCAUCUCCUCUCAUUUCCAGGAGACCUGUGUCCUUUGUCGGGGAGGCCCAGUGGGGACAGGACCUUCUGCAGGCCCCGCAGAUGUUCAUAGUUAGGGAGAAAGGUCUGUGCCUGAGGUUAGCUUUCCGUGGGCUACUUGAGUAGUUCAUCUGUCACCUGGAGCUCCUGUCCCAGACCCUGCUGUGAAAAGCAGAGGGUCACACCAUAGAGGGGUUUGUUUGUAAGAGGCUUCCCUGAAGCUGGGUGACCAGAAGCGGCUGUGCACUCCAGGCCUGAGCCUUUUGGAGUCCCAGCAGCCAAGUGGUUGCUUUGAACCAGGGAGGAUCCAAGCAGACGAUAUGGUUCCAUGGGCUCUAUCUAUUGUUCAACCACCUUCACCUUGAACAGCCAGGUGGUCUGCUCAGACUGGGGGUACCUGGGAUGGCAGACAGGAUGUGGGAAGGGGUUCAGCCCUGCACAGCAGAGAGAAGCCUCCCCUUGCCACUCUUCUGGAUUGACCUUAGGCUGGUCUUUUCAUUUUUCUACCAUUGGACAAAGCUUCUUGCUGGACUCCCUGUAGCCCCAAGACUCCAGGCUUCUCCUCAUACCCUGAACCUCAGCCUCUCAGUUUCCUGCACAGCCCAUGUUCCUUCUCAGUGUCCUCAAAACAAGCACACAGUCCAGGCAAAGAGCUUGGGGCUGGGGCAGCUGUGUGGCUGGAAGUCCCAGCCUGGCUAAUGUGCACUGUGCUCACACCAGAUGUCUCAGAGCAUCUUUGUCACCAUGUGACUGGAAGCAGGAAUGUCUGAUGGUAGGGGAACUUGGGGUGAAAUGUUUCCAGAUUGUCAUGUUGGUAAAUAUGCUUAGCGCUGAGACUCUGAUAUGUGGCUGGUCACUCAGGCUCUCAUCCUUUCCUUUAUCCCUCUCCCCCUUGGCCCUGGGUCUGAGUGUCUUGUACCCCUCAUGGAGGACAGAAUAGGACUUUGGCAGCCAGUCUGCUGUGCCCUGUGCUCAGCCUGGUGUUGGCCACUGCUCCCACACUCAUUAUAUCAUGAGUGUAGAUAGUGCCCCCCCCCCCCCGCUAUAACCCCAGGACAUAAGUAGGGGCAGUCUGUCCCCUUGUCAGUUUUUUGGUUAUGAUCAGAAAGGGGACACUUAUUCAUUGGAGAGUGGGAUGGGAUGGGGCUUGGGUCACUGUCUCCCUGUCACCUAUGUGCACCUCCUUGAGACAUCUAUGUGUGUAUGUGGGUUGGGGGGGGGGGAAUUGAUGCUGACUUCACCCACAGACUGGCAGAGUCAGCCCAGGGCCACCACCUGGGGCGGUAUGGGGAGGCACCUUCCUGGCAAAAAGAACUCUCAUAUGUAAAUCCAGUCAUCAGUGGUCACCCUGGAAUUUGUGGUUGGUUGUACCCCUGUGGCCUUGCCCACAAGCUCAUGAGAGAACAAGGGAACAGCAGUGAAGCACAGAAAGCAGGCAGGCCAUUGGGGGAGGAGGUGGUGGGGGGGCUGGCCUUUGGGGAUAUAGAUCAUUUCAGGUGAGCUAUCGUAUGACUGAGGAAGAGGCCUAGGGCUGUCACUCCCUGUGAACUCUUGGAACAGCCAGAAAGGCCAGAAAUCGUAACCACAGGCGUACAGCCCUGUAAAACAUGUAAACCUGCUGGAACAUGCUCUGUCUGCCACCUUGUCAUCAAUCGUGGCUCCUGUCAGGGUUCUCAGUGCGGCUGAUGCAUGUACCUCCUCUCUCUCUGCCCUUUGUCUCAGCCCCAGACUUGCCUUCAGUUGCUUCUACACCUCACCCCAGGUGGCACUGCAUGGUGCCCAGGACCACUGGUCUCUCCUGCAUUCCAGUUAUGUAAUCUUGUGUCCCCAGCAGGGAUGUUCUGCAAACUCUAUUUUAAGGUUGAGAGUGUCUGGAGGCUAAAGAGCUAGCACAGUGCUGAGAUCAAAGCUGUUUGCCCAUGGGGGAAAAAAAAACGGGGGGGGGGGGAGAGAGAGAGAGAGAUGUCUAUAUAUUGCAACUUGCAUUGUCAGGAGGUGGCAAGUGAAAUAAAUUAUCUUUUAAAAAUAA